UCCAAGCCCUGCCCCCCACCCCCACCCCCUUUCUGAUACAGACAUGGUACGCUCCCCAGUCUCGACCCUGAGCUGCAGUGGAUAUUGCUAGAACCCACGCUGAAGACUGAGCUGGCGUCUGCAGUGACCGGGGCGAUUUUCCCUGGCCCCAGGGACACAGCUCCCCUCGAGACUGCACCAUGACCCAGGGAAAGGUUUCAGUGGUUAACAAGGCCCCUGGGACAGAGGGGCAGCAACAGGCAAAUGGAGAGAAGAAGGAGUCUCCAUCAGCUCCCUUGGCCCCUCCUACAUAUGAGGAAGCUACCUCAGGGGAGGGGCUAAAGGCUGGGGCCUUCCCUCCACCUGCCCCAACAAUGCCCUUUCAUCCUAGUUGGGCAUACGUGGAUCCAAAUAGCAGCCCUGGCUAUGGAAGUGGUGGGUACUCUGGAGAUCCUGAGAUCUUCACCACCUUCAGCUGGGAUGAUCCUAAUGUGAGAAGAAUAUUUGUCCGAAAGGUUUACUCCAUCCUAAUGAUCCAGUUGCUGAUGACUGUGGGAGUUGUGGCUCUGUUCACUUUCUGUGAACCAGUCAAGAUGUAUGUUCAGAGCAAUCCUGCCUGGUACUGGGCAUCCUAUGCUGUGUUCUUCAUGACUUAUCUUAUCCUGGCCUGCUGUUCUGGACCAAGGAGAUAUUUCCCCUGGAACCUGAUUCUCCUGAGUAUCUUUACCCUGUCUAUGGCUUACCUCACUGGGAUGUUGUCCAGUUACUACAAUACCAAGUCCGUGCUUCUGUGCCUGGGGAUUACUGCCCUGGUCUGUCUCUCCGUGACUCUCUUCAGCUUCCAGACCAAGUUUGACUUCACAUCCUGUCAAGGCAUUCUCUUUGUACUUCUCAUGGUUAUGUUCUUCAGUGGGAUCCUUCUGGCCAUCAUCCUUCCCUUCCAAUAUGUACCAUGGCUUCAUGGGAUCUAUGCUGUUCUGGGAGCAAUUGUGUUUACAAUGUUCCUGGCAUUUGACACACAGCUGCUGAUGGGAAACCGGCGCUAUUCCUUGAGCCCCGAGGAAUACAUUUUUGGAGCACUCAACAUUUACCUGGAUAUUGUCUACAUCUUCUCCUUCUUUCUGCAGCUUUUUGGCACCAACCGAGAUUGAAAAGGCUUCCCUUUUUUUAACUCCAAGAAAUGCUAUCUGUUUGUCCCCCUGUAACAUCUAUCCCCUGCUCUUUCCCAGCCUCUAAGACAUAGCACUAAGCAUUCUCCUAGCCUAGCCCUCUGCCAACUAUUCUCCUUCUGCAGCAUCCUUGGAGUUAUUUUCCGUAGGUUGUAUAUAUAUAUGAGGAAUUCUGGAAGCCUAAAGGACUGGAGUCACUAAAUUUCCUGCUCCCUGCAUAUCAGGACUGUUAUUUCCAUUUCCAACUGUGAAAUUGUAAAUCCCGUGUACUCCCUAUCUCCCACAUCAGCUUUGGGGUGUAAGAGUCCAGGGAUAUAACAGACAAUGGUUUAGGAACUUAGAUGUCAGUGGAAGGACUGAAGGAUAAGCUGAAUCCUGAACCCCAGAAGAUUUAUGUGAUUUGAGAGAAAAAAGUUUUCCCUCGUUGUUACUGACCCCAUCCCUACCUUUCCUCUGAUCAAAACACGGAAGCAUUUGGUUAGUUAGAUGGUGUUGUGGUUAGAGCACUGACCCUAGAAUCAGGAAGACCUGAGUUCAAAUUCAACCUCAGACACUUAACACUUACUAGAUUGGGCAAAUCACUUAACCCAACUUGCUGGGGAUGCAGGGGAAAGCUGAAGCAUUUAUGGAAGGGAAUGAAUUGGCAUAAGAACAUAGCCUACCAAGAUUCCCCCACUGAAGAUAUGCAGAAGUGUAGUAUCUAGAGCCAUAGGAACUGGAUGUGACUCCAGGGCAGUCUGCUGCACUUUGCAUAUAUCACUUUGGAUAAAUCUCUUAGCUUUCCUAUCUAUAGGCAUAGCCUCAGCUCCCUAUAUAUGAAAUGAGGUCCUUUAGGGCUCUAAAUAUGUGAGCUUAUCUAUGAUGAUAUUAUAUUUGAGGAAAAGAGAAUGAGGGAUAUUGUUUAAAGAAUGGCAUUCGUUCAAAGGGUCCUUCAGUGUAUAUGUGAGAGCUUCAGUUAGAUCUGUGAUUGCAUUUCUAAGCCAGGGCUAAAAAGAUGAAUGUGUAGAGUUAGGCCCCCCUGGGGUGUCAAGAGCAGAAAGAAGUGAGCCCCUGCUAAGAGUCUGCUCUGUGGCCUCUAACAGGGAGAUAAGGGAUAGAGGUACCAAGCGAAGUCACGUAUGGGAAGGAGUCACAACCUAAAGAAAUAAUCAAGCAGUGUCCAGAUGUGCCUAGAGGGGAAAUUAGAGAGAUUUAGAAGAGUCUUUGAUGUACUCUCAGCCUCCUUGUGAUAUAGAUCUGGCUAAAAGAAUUGAAAGUCCUUUUCCUUCCAGCUCCCCAAGUUGUCUUCUAAGGUCCUAGGGACUAGAAAGGACUUGGAAUUGAUGAAUAAUGUAAAAUAUAAAGGGUGCCUGGACCCUUAAAGAGAAGGAAUGUUACUUUCUGGUGAGUAAUAGAGAAGAGCCUUUUAUUUGAGAAAUAUUAGUUUGGGUGGGAGAUGGAAUAGCUUCUUUGCUAUGCUGAGAUCCCCAGCAGGGGAACCCCUUCUUCCCUUCCAUCCCAGGGAUGAACCCCUCCUCCCCCGCUCUCUGCACUGCAUAUCCCCUAAGUGCCUCCCUAGUUUGUUGCCUUGCCAAACAGAGAACCAGGUCUUAAAUGCCCAAGCCAGAGUCUAUCUCUACAUACUCCAAAGGGAAGACACUUCUCACUCUUCUCAACUUCAUUCUCUCUCCUCUUCAGUCCAGAUCACCCCAACCAGUUGCUUUUCUCAAUCUCCCCUGAGGGGUCAAGUGUGCUCCCUCUUUCUUCUCUUUAUCUUCCCAUCUCCCCAGUUUGGAAAUUGGCCAGCCUAUGGCUGAUUCAGCCAGGCCCCUGAUAAGAACUGGGUCCAUGUGAUGAGGCUGGGGCCCCUUUUUCGCCUGGGCGGUCGGCUGGGAUCGCUGGGCAGGUGUGUUUGCGUCAGCUACCUGGCCUCUGGCAGUGUAGCCUGCACCUGGGAGGGGACUCAGUUAGUGAGGCCUGAGGGAGUGGAGCAGUAGAGGGGGAAGGAGCUGGCUGUUGUGUUGGUUCAUGCUGUGGUGGCUCUGGUAGAUGUGGAAAAUUACUGGGUGAAGUGUUGAAGCCCCUCACCCCAGUCAUCAGCCUGCCUUCUUUCCACCUUUCCUUCUAACCUCCAAAUUUUUGCAUGCUCACUCUGAACACUAUGCCUGUUGCAUGAGCAAGCUCUUCCUGGACUUUGUAGCAGAGCUAAGGUUUUCCAUUUAGGGAAGAAAGUGGGAUAUACUGCAUUCUCCAUACUGCCCCUUGACCCCUACCCUUUGGUACUUCCAUUGACAAGACCCCACAAGACUGAAAGCUUUAUGAUAUCUUGAGUUCUUGAGGGGCAAAGAAAAUCAUCUUCAGAAGGAAGGAACAAGAGACAAUUAGCUGAGCUGCAACUAGGGUGGGAUGAUUGAGAUUCUCAAAAUGGCACAAAUUUAGCAGUCCCUCACAACAGUGCCCAAGUAGCAGAACAGGUAAAUUUGAAAGCUACCUGAGUGUAUUUUCUCAAUAGAUACUCCAGGUGAGCUAUGUUAUCCAAAGCAGAGAGGCUUUGCUGUGUCCUAAAGUUUCAAGGAACAGAAUUUGUUGUAGGAAGUUGAUAUGUGAAUGCUUUUAAUCCUGCUUGCUCCAAGUACAUUUUGUUAAGUAUGAUCCAAAUACAAAAAACAAAAAAACAAAAACAAAAACAAAAAAAACCCCUGCUGUUUACAAUUCUGGGAAUCAGAAUGGACUAACUAGCUAGUGAGCUAUAGGCUGGGGAAUCUAUGUACCACUCUGUAAUUCUGGGGAAGUUGAUGCACUGGGGCUGUUAAUAUCCCUUUUCUUCUCCAAGAAGGAAUCUUGGAGAGAUCUCCCAGCUCAAUUUGCCUGAGACUGGAUUUAAGCCUGAUUUUUAGACAAGUCCUCUCCAUACUCUGUCCCCAUCAGAGUGAAUGAGUAGAUAUUGGGAACCAGAAUAGUAGGUAUUAGGAAAUUUUGGAUCUUGAGAUGAUUGAUCAAUAAGAUUUGCCAUUUAGCUGCUGCUAGUGAGGACAUUUCUUAAAGUUUUCUCUGCCUUCACUUCCCUAUUCCUGACCCUACAAUCUCAUUUUGGUGGCUAUUUUCUACCCUGCUUCAAUCUCCAAGCUACAGGCCUCCUUCUAUCUCAAGUUUGUUAAAUGUCUUUUUCUACUGCCAAAUCUCAGCACUAUAUUUUGAGCCUCCCCCAAAAGAGUUCUCUGGUCUUUAACUUCACUUUCUUUUUAAAUCUUUGCUGCUUUCCAGAAUCAAUUUGCAACCUUAAUCUCUGGGAGGGGAGGGAGGAAGGAAUGGGACAAAAGAUUUGUCCAGGAUUGAGUUCUCAACAUGAAGAGAAAGAUCCCAGUCUAUCCUUAGUUUAAAAAAAAAAAUAAACAAAACAAACCCUAUCAGAAUGUGAUUAGGAUAUAGGAUAUAGAAACCAAUGGAAAUCACCCAAAUUUCUGCGGUUCCUUUCUUUGUGUUUGUUGAGCUAAAACCACGUGUUUGGUUCCUUUGUAUACCAUGGGAAGGAGUCUAAAGUUUUGAAUGUUCUCAGCAUUUCAGGAAAAUAAACUGAGGCUCAGAGAAGGGUCAGAUUCACUGGGGGGGGGGGGGGGGGGAGAGAAGAGGGUGCAGAUAUCCCACUUCCCAACCAUUUUUUUUUUCCUUCAGAGAAAAAGAGUCCUAAAUCAUGAAAGGCAACCCCCAGGGGGAAAAAAAGCCUUUGAGGCUGGAUGAGCCUUUAAGAAAGCAGUGAGGGAACAGGAAUGUAGGAUUACAAGAAAUCAAAACACAGGCUAGAGAGGGAAAAAGGCCAUUUUCUCCUCCCCCGGCUUUAUACUUGACAUUUCUUUUGGGGGUGAAAAAUAAAGCUGGGCAUAGGACACUUUACUGAAAGAUAAUAGAGUAUCUGAGAACUUGAUCCAGUCAAGAGUCCAGCCUAAGGGGGGUAGGGGGAGUAGAUAGAGACUAUAUUUGCAGAGCCAGGCUGGGAGAUAAGGGAAAAGGAGCUCAGAGUUUAUGAGAAUCUCUGGUAUCACUCCUACCAAAAAUCCUCUGCAUACAUUACUAUCCAGUCCUGCUGAAUAAACCAGAUCUUGAUUUCUUCAGUACCAUGAAGGGGAGACCCUAGGAAUCCUUCAUCUCUUUCCAACUGAUGAGACAUUUUAAAAGUCUGCCUCAAUCUCCCCAGUGCCCACCUAAAAGGGAUCAGCAUCUCAGAUUUCUCAUCUAAGGAAUGGGUUUGGGUACCUUUGCGUACACUUUGCUGCCCCCAUGUGGCACUUUAGGGUGAUAUGGACAGGCCCUGGCAGAGCUGGGAAAGUGGAUUAAGGAGAGAUUCUGGAAAAUUGGACUAAGAGCAGAUCUGCCACAAAUCCCUCUAGCUUGAAUACAUUUGUUUCUCUGUUGCCUGAUUCCUCUGAAGUCUACCCAGUGGCUGACACUUGUUCCCUCCAUUUACCUAAACAACUUCCCGUAGGCUGUUAAUGCCCUUGGGGCAAGAAUAAAACCAAUUAUGGUCUCAACA